CACAGAGCGCACGCGCGUACGGGGCUCGCUGGUCUGACUGGCUAUUGACAAAUGGCGUUGCUGGCGGCAAAGUUGAGCCUUAGGAGCUGACGGGGCGAUGUGUAGCGACUUUCUCAAAGCCGAAUCCGGGACAGAGCUCCUUGCUCGACUUGAAGGAAGGAGCUCCUUGAAAGAACUCGAACCCAGCCUGUUUGCUGAUGAAGAUUCACCAGUGCAUGGUGAUAUUCUCGAAUUUCAUGGUCCAGAAGGAACGGGAAAAACAGAAAUGCUUUAUCACUUAACAGCCCGGUGUAUACUUCCAAAAUCAGAGGGCGGACUACAAAUAGAGGUCUUAUUUAUCGAUACAGACUACCACUUUGACAUGCUCCGCCUUGUGACGGUUCUUGAGCACAGGCUGUCGCGGAGCUCGGAGGAAGCCAUCAAGCUGUGCCUGGGAAGGCUCUUCCUGGCCUACUGCAGUAGCAGCAUGCAGCUGCUGCUCACGCUGCACUCGCUGGAGGCGCUCUUCUGUGGUCACCCCUCCCUCUGCCUCCUCAUUGUGGAUAGCCUGUCGGCUUUCUACUGGACAGACCGUGCCAGUGGAGGAGAGAGCGUGGCCCUGCAGGAAUCUACGCUGAAGAAGUGUUCUCAGCUCCUAGAGAGACUCGUCACUCAGUACCGCUUGCUGCUUAUCGCAACAACGCAAAGUCUAAUGCAGAAAGCCUCGGACCCGGCAGAGGGGCCUUCUUCCUCCAAGCUUCCGGGAGACGGGGCCAUGGACUACAGAGCCUAUCUCUGCAAGGCCUGGCAGAAGGCCGUGAAGCACAGAGUCAUCUUCUCCAGAGAGGACCAGUCAGAGAGCAGCCGCUUCUUGUUGGUUUCACAUCAUUUAAAAAGUAACAGUUUAAAAAAACACACUUUUAUGAUCAGAGAAAGUGGGGUGGAGUUUUGUUGAUCUGUCAUCCAAAGGCUUUGGAGAGCUCUAAGGCAAGUCUUUUAAAAAAAAGUCUUCUAUAGGCUAAAGUGGUUUGAUUCUAAAGUUUUUGAUUCUGGGGAAAUAAAUACAAACAGUACAGUAAACGUGAAGCUCUUCUGUCCCUCUAGACUCUGGAAGGUGUCAGCACACUGCACCCCACUCUCCCUCUAGGCUCUGGAAGGUCAGCACACUGCACCCCACUCUCCCUCUAGGCUCUGGAAGGUCAGCACACUGCACCCCACUGUCCCUCUAGGCUCUGGAAGGUCAGCACACCUCACCCCACUGUCCCUCUAGGCUCUGGAAGGUGUCAGCACACCUCAUCCCACUGAACUUGUUUUGGAACUCAGUAAUUGAUACAUGUUUCAGACUAAGUCAUGUUUUGAGUGUUUAGGAAGGGUUCACUGCUGGCCUUGGCUUCCUUGAGGAGCUGUGGCUGGAGAGGGUGGGCAGAGCUGUUACUUCAGUCAAAGAAAUGAGCACAGGGGUCACCUGCUCAGCUGCCUCCCUAAUGUCUCAAAAAAACCAACCAGUAAACAGACGGACAGACGGACAGACAGAGAGAUGAAGCUGGACUGUCUGAGCCCUCCUCCUCCUCCCUCUCCCCACCACCCCUCUGAGUGUGUCGCUGUUUCCUUUAUAGUUCAGACUGGCUUUCAUCCCCAGUUCUGCCUCAGCCUCUGAAGUAGCUAGGACAUCUAGCACACAGUGCUGCACUGCACCUUACAGCCAGAGAAUUUUGAUCUGAGUUACGCUUGAAUUCAAGAUGGCUUUCCAUUUGCUUGGGGAUUUUUGUGAUUUUUUGAACCUGGAGAAAUGAUGUACUCGUAUAGAACUCUGAAAUUUAUUAUGGAAUGUUCAUCUCAUUAAAUGGUCAAUUCUGAAA